AUGGCUAUCUCGCUGUCUUCGGGUGUGCUCGCCGCCGUCGCCAUAUUUCAAUUGGUCCUUGGGUUCAUCGCUCUAAUCCUUGCGGCCUUCUCUAGCGUUUGCUUCGGCGCCGAGUUUGCAUAUGGCGUGGUUUGGUGGUCGUUUGGCUGGACACUGGUCAUUUCUUGCCUUCGCUGGUGGACUCAUGAUCUCCGGCGCUCCACCACAGAACAGAUGAUUCAUCUUGCUUUUGAAGUUUUCACUCUUGCCAACUGGGUGGUCACCGCCGGUGUCCUUGUUUCCUUGAAUAUACACUUGCACAAUCUCUCCGAGACAUACGCAUAUGAUGUUAAAAAUAAUAUCCCGCUGACGGGCGAGUUGAUAUCACAUCAAUUUACCAGCUUGGGUUUGGGUGGGCUCUACUGCAGCUAUGCUUUGAAUGCAGUUUCGGGUAUAAUCGUCGUUUUGCUCUUGCUUUCGACCUAUGGAAGCGUCAAGCUCCUGAGACUUUCAAGAGAAGCGCCAGGGAGCGACAAUUCCGAGAAGAAUUAUUCGCACGAGAACCUCUCAACACAGGAGAAAUUUGUCCGAAAGGCCGGGUCCUAUUGA